AUGACUUGUUUGACAAUCUUCAUUGUAUUUUUUGCACCAUGCCUAGCUUUGUCCGGAUUCAAAGAUUGGGGGUAUCAACUUGGUGUCAGUUUUGACGAAGAUUGUCCUAGCGUGGACUUUAAAUGCUUGAAAAAUUGUUAUCAUGUUUCAACUCUUUUUCUAAAGGCAAUUAAAUGUCAAACUCCGUACACCAACUUCUGUGUGGAUGCUAUUAUCGCGGGAGCAGGUGAUUAAGGUUUAAUUUAUGACACCAUCGUAUUUUUUAGAACUACACGGAAUGAAUGUUGAGUUGUAUGGCUGUCUACCGUGUAAGGACAUUACAAAACCGGACGACAUGGAAAACUACAGGCCCGAAAUAGCAGCGCAAACAUUGACAAACAUCACAGCUAACUUCGGUGUAUUCCAGGCAGCCUUGAUUAAGGCAAGUGGAAAAGGUAUGUAUGUCUAGCAACUUUACGUAACAAUUGUGGCGAAAUUAAUUUAAUAUGCACAGAAUAUUUGUUAGCACGCCUUUGGAUGGACGUAACCGCAAAUACCGACCACGGGUGGUUUCAGGACAAGAGCAAGAACCAGCAAUGCUUGGAACGGGUAGUUGUCGCAAAGGUGGGUAGUCAAAAUAGUCUGUGAAUGCAACUCACAAAGGAAGUCACUUUUUUCGCAUACGGACUUUGGAACGCGGGACCUAGUAGGUUUCAAACGUGAAGCGUGUGCGAUCAUAAAACCGAUUUCCAAAAGUGUUUACGGGGCUUCUCGGUUGAGAAAAUCGACCGCAAAGUUUAGCCGGAAUGAGCGAAUAGUCUCCUCAAAAGAAACAGCAAAUUUAAUUUGCAGUGGUGGCCGUGUGGUCAGCGCGCUCGCUUUUUGCCCCAGAAGACAUGAGUUCGACUUCGGCCGUCUGCGGAUGCAUUUCUCUUGGCCAUUGAAAUAAAUAGCAAAUUGCCGUUAACAUCGCAUAUGCUAACUAUUGGCAAUUUUAAAAAAAAAUACGAAUUGAGAAACUAUAUCUUCAUUAACCCACCCCUGUUUUAACUUCACAAUAUUCAUGAACAUUCAGUUUUGAAUUUAUGUUUUAAUUACUGUAAAAAAAUUCAAAAGGUGCAUACAUUUUAUGUUUACAUGCUAAAUCAAUAUUUACGAACCAAAAAAGAAAAUAAACUGCGUAGAAGUCGAACCCGCCCCUUCUGGCGAAGAAAGCUAGCGCACUGACCACUCGGCCACCACUGCAGAUGAAACAACCUGUUUCUUUUGAGGAGGCUUUUCGCUCAUUUCGGCUAAACUUUUCGGUCGAUUGUCAGUUUUCUUCGACAGAGGUGGAGAUAAGGUAGUCUAAUGCAUUAAAAAUAAUAUUGAAAAAACUGCGACGUAAUUUAGGUUUUCGUUAACGGGGGUUUCGCACUUAAUGGUAUAUAAUUGGCCGUUGAGCAGACCGUCUUAUACAUAUGCAGAUUGGUUUUCCCCACUGUCCGAGUUAACAGCAGACUGAAUACCUAUAAACAUGAAGUUUUUCAGGGACUGUUCACGUCUUGGCACGACCACGAAGACGUUUUUGGAACAGAUUACAGCGUUAAGGACUACGAUAUUUGGUACCGAAAUCCGCUUGGGAUUGGUGACGACAGCUUUAACACUCCGCCCAUGGACGACUACCGCAUGUUUGGCGGUGCAAAGACUGCUGUUGUGAAGCGGUAUGCGCGCGGUGUAAGCCUAUGCGGCAAGUCCAAAAUUAACAUGGAAAGUUACAUUCCGGUUGCGAAAAGUCCACCAACAAAGUGGUGGUGA